GAUCAGACCAGCUGGAUUAUACUCCCAUAUUUACAGACGUUUUGGCAAAUUUCCUUUCCAAAAAGAUGGUUUAUGAGACGAUGAAUGUACAGUAUCCUGCGGCCUCUGAGCAAAAUUCAGAGAGCUGUGGCACGACCACCCAACCUAACCACCGGUUGGGAGAAAAAAGGAAGGCCAACACAAUAGCAGAGCCCCGCAGAAAAAGGCAGAGGUGUGCCUCUGGACCUGCUCAGCUAAAGUGUGAACCCAUCCACACAAACUCCAGUGAAGCCAUCAGGGGGGCUAACUGGACGGAGCAGGACAGUGCUGAGAAGCUGCUGGCCUCAGACACUCCCAGGACAACAAAGAGGGAGCGUGCCUGUGACCCCUCCCCAGACUGCAGCACUCCAUCAGCCUCCAUACCUGAGAGUGGGAGCGCAUUCCUCCCAUUCACACAAAACAGAGCUCGAUUUGAGGCGACCUACAAGGAGCUUCACAAGCUCGGAGAAGGAGGCUUCGGCUCAGUUUAUGCUGGGUGGAGGAUGUCGGACAGCUUACCAGUGGCGAUCAAACACAUCCCAAAAAAAGAUGUGGAGUAUGAACAAGUGGUCUUAAAUGGGAAGACACACAUGAUCCCACUGGAGGUUCUCCUAAUGCUGAAAGUGGGCGGUGGACCACUGUCAGUAGGCACAUCUCCAGCCAUCUCAUUACUGGACUGGUGUGACCUAGAGGAGGAGAUCCUUGUGGUCAUGGAGAGACCAGUCCCAUGUAUGAGCCUGCACAGCUACAUGGAGAGCAAUGGUGGACCCCUGGACGUGCAUGUUGCUAAGAACAUCAUGAAGCAGCUGGUUGACGCAGCCAUAAUGAUGCACAGCAAAGGGGUCUUCCACCGGGAUCUCAAAACAGAAAACCUGCUCCUCGAAACCGCCUCCAGUGACCUGCGAGUGCGGAUCAUAGAUUUUGGAUGUGGCUGCUGGGUACAGGAAGAGCCACAAUCCGUCUUCUCUGGAACCUCAGCGUACGCCCCUCCAGAGUUUUUCACACGUGGGAAGUACGAGGCUAUCCCCACCACAGUCUGGCAGCUGGGCGCGCUGCUAUACGAAAUGCUGUAUGGAGUGCAUCGAUUUUGCACAUCUAGUUUCGUCCGAAGGAAAAGACCUUUUAACAAAGUCCUGCCCAAAGACUGCCAGAACUUUCUGAAGCAGUGUUUAACUCGAAGCCCACAACAACGAGCAACCUUGGAGCAGAUUCAGCAGCACCCCUGGCUGCAGAAUCACGCUCAACUCAAGAACUAAACACGUGCCAGGAGGCCUGGACUUUGAGC